GAUUUUUAAUAUCCGAUAGAGAUUUUCAAAAUUUUGAAAGUGGAGUCGUUAUUGAGCUAUCUUUAGUACUUAGUAUAUAGAUUUAAAUUCGUUUUUCAUUGUUCUUAAAGCUAUGCAGACAAGACAGUCAGUGUCAAGGUAUUCACUUUAAAAACUCUAUCUUUUGAUUUAGUUUGCGAAUGUAUUUUCGAAAAGAAAAAGUUUCUUCUAAACAAUCAGCAGUUGUUUCAAAUCGCUUUCAAACUUUAAGGUUAUAUAAUUUGCAUGGAAAUCGCAUAUUGCCGAUCAGCUACUUAGUUUGUUGCGGACGAAAGAGGAGGACUUUUUUGUGUCGAGUGCGUUAAAGUCUCUAGUUUUUUAAAGUAUGGAAUGCAACUACCAUGUUGGUUUGUAUUUUAAUGAAUUGAAAAUUGCGCGUAAAGUUUUCCUACAAGGUACGAAUUAAGUUGUCUUUGCAGGUAUAUAUAUUCAUAAAACGGUAUGUAUAUAUAUAUACAUACGUGCAUGCAUUUAUACGGGCAUAUUCGCGGAAGUUGAUUUGAAAAUGAAACCUUCAAUGUUGGUGCUUUUCACUAGCUAGUGUAUACCUACAUGCAAAAGGAUCUGCUUACUGCGCAUGUACACUAUCGAACUCGAAAAGGCUGUUCUCUCCCAGCCUGGUUAUUGCAUUUUGUUUUAAAAGCGACUUUCAUACAAUACACAACACAGAUUUUCAAAUAAAAUACUGUAACUCUGUAUACAAUCAUAAAAAAAAAUAAUUCAAUUAGUUGAUUAGGAAAAGUGAAGUAUAACGGAAAUAUCAGUUACAAGCUCACAGAAACGCGUGUGGGAAGAUUUUUUUUAAAUAACAAAUAUCAGAGCAAAGAAAGUUAGUUUUUCACGAAUUUGUACUCUGCUCGGUUAAAAAUGAAUCGAUUUACGUAUCGGAGCGCUUACGAAUUGUUGCAUUGAUUCAAUUUCUUGGAAGUUCAAAAUGGAAUAACCUACAUAGCAAGGAAAUAAUAUUAUCGAUUUUAAAUGUUGCGUUUUAACGAAGUUAAAUGAAACGCAAACCCCAUUUAACGUUCAAUGUAGUAUAGUAAAGGUAAAUCAAUUUGUUUGCAGUGCAAAAAGUUGAAACGAAAAAAAUAAAUUAAAAGUAUAAGUUAAAAAUUUAAUAUACAUACAUAUAUGUACAUAUAUAAAAAAGUGUACCAAUUGAAAACCAAAAAGCUUAAAGCAUUAAAUAAACAAUAUCAAAAGUGAAACUUGGCAUAGCAUAGCAGCCGCAGCAUACGGCAUAGUGCAGCAACAACAGGAGCCAGCGACAGCACCCAAUCACCUUCUUAAAACCAUUUAGUAAAUUAGCACCAACCCAACGGAGACGGUUCUACUCACUCAACACAUAUUACAUUUAACUGCAACACCGUUAUACUGAUCCGUAAACACAAAACCUCAAAUUACUGCUAAUUCGAAAGAAAAAGAAAUUUAAAUAAAAUUGCAGACACAAUAGUUGUGCUCGAGCAAAAACCGAAAAAAAAACAUUCAACCAACAAAAUAAAUUGAAAGGUGAACAGCAGACUGUAACUGUAAUACUUUUAAAUUAGCUCAAAAAAUGGGGUGCUUAAGUAGUAAAGACCGUCUGACUAAAGAGGAUAUGGAGUUUUUGAAAUCGCAUACUCGCUACGACGAGGCCACAAUUAAGGAAUGGUAUAAAGGAUUCAAGCAAGAUUGUCCCAACGGCCGUUUGACGCCGGCCAAAUUUGUGGACAUGUACAAAAUGUUCUUCCCGUCUGGAAAUGCCGAGGAGUUUUGUGAUCACGUUUUUCGCACCUUCGACAUGGACAAAAAUGGUUAUAUUGAUUUUAAGGAAUUUCUACUUGCUAUAGACGUUACAUCGAGUGGCACUCCCGAGGAGAAGCUUAAAUGGGCUUUUCGCAUGUACGACGUAGAUGGUAAUGGCGUAAUUGACAUACAAGAAAUGACGAAAAUUGUUCAGGCAAUAUACGAUAUGCUUGGCGCGUGUUCAUCGAAUCGACCAGCAGAUUCUGCUGAGGAGCGUGCAAAAAAUAUAUUCGCUAAAAUGGACGAAAAUAAUGAUGGUCAAUUAACUCAAGAUGAAUUUUUAAAAGGGUGUCUGCAAGAUGAGGAACUUUCAAAAAUGUUGGCCCCAUAAACAGAAUUCAAUACAAAAACUCCCGGAAAAAACAAAGAACAAACUAUACAAAUAAAAAAAAAUAAA